GGCAGCUUCCGCCGCAGCCAACGAAAUCUCACCGGGGGCGGGAUUCACAAAAUAAUCACGCGCCGUUAUGACGUCACCUCCGCAGUGUCGCACGCACACGCUGAAAUGAGAGACGCGCGCCUCGUCACAUCAAGGAAAAGCUGCUGUUGAACUGAAGGCACCAUGGCCACACCAACGUCUUUAGAUCCAGAUUUGGUUCGGGAGGUCCUGGAAUGUCCCAUUUGUCUGGAGACCUACAACCAGGAUCAGCUUCGACCCAAACUGCUGCAGUGUGGUCACUCUGUGUGUCGCCAAUGCCUUGAGAAACUCCUCGCCAGUACGAUAAAUGGCGUGCGCUGUCCCUUCUGCAGCAAGGUGUCUCGUAUGAGCAGUAUUUCCCAGCUGGCUGACAAUCUCACUGUGUUGAAGAUCAUCGACUGUGCAAGUUCAUGUGGCUCUACUAUGGGUCUCAUGUGCAAGUCUUGUAAAAAUCGCCUGCCCCGGCAAUACUGCUGUGACUGCAGCAUCUUGUUGUGUGAUAUUUGUAAAAAUGAGGGUCACGAGUGUCAGGGUCACUUCGUGCAGGCCAUACGUGUUGCCGCUGAACAGCGGCGAAAAGAAAUCAGCGGGAAACUUUCUAACUUGCGGGGCUCAAUGGGAAACAUUCAGAAGAAGAAGGCAGCUAUCGACAACAUGACAAAAUCACUCAAACUGAAGUACAAGGCUGUACAGCAGGAAUACGCCAAGGCUGAGUUGCAGCUCCAGGAGGAACUUGGCCGUUCACGCCGUGCCUUCACCACCUCCUUGGCCGAAAUAGAAAAACUCAAUGCCCAGAUUCUGGAGGAGCAAACGUACCUGCUCAGUAUCGCUGAAGUGCAGGUGGUGUCUAGAUGUGACUAUCUAACCAUGAGGAUCAAGCAGACGGAUGUUGCCCUACUGGAGGAAGGGAGCAACAAUGAAGAAGAAGAGUUGGACUUUAAAACCAAUCUGCCUGUCAUUCUAAAACUUCAAGAACCUGAAUUUGUUAAAACGGAGUGCUCGAAAUCCUUGGAAGUUGGGCAACUGACCACAAAACCAUGUACUGUUAAUGCAGAGGAAGAAGACAGACUUGAUUUCGCCGCUUCCAUUGCCACCCCUUUGGACAUUUACCGUGAUAUUGACAUGGAAACGACAGUUGAAGAGGCCGUUUGUGCUUCUCCCGGCAGCUUCAAGUCCAAGUCUGUUGAUGGAGGUGGACCUUCUCCAGGUGCUUCUGGUGGGCAACUCUGUCAGUUUGUGAAAAAGAUGGGCUGCAAGGGCAAUCUGCCGGGCAUGUUUAACUUGCCGGUAAGCAUUUGUGUCACACUGCAGGGCGAGGUGCUCGUGGCCGACCGAGGGAACUACCGCAUCCAGAUCUUUAACCGCAAGGGCUUCCAAAGGGAGAUACGGCGUAACCCGAGCAGCAUCGACAACUUUGUCUUGAGUUUCCUAGGUGCUGACCUUCCCAACCUCAUCCCACUCUCCAUUGCAAUCACUGCUCAGGGCCUCAUCGGCGUCACCGAUAACUAUGACAACUCUGUGAAAGUUUACACCACAGAUGGCCACUGCAUUGCUUGUCACAAGAACCAGCUCAUCAAGCCAUGGGGAAUCGCGGCCAUGCCUUCGGGCCAGUUUGUCGUGUCAGAUGUUGAGGGGGGAAAGCUGUGGUGCCUGGCCGUGGAUCGUAAUGUAGGGGUUGUGAAUUAUAACCGCUUAUGUUCAGCCGUCAGGCCCAAAUUUGUAACUUGUGACUCCUCAGGUACAGUCUACUUCACACAGGGCUUGGGUCUAAACAUUGAGAAUCGACACAAUGAACACCACCUUGAGGGGGGUUUCUCAAUCGGCUCGGUGGGAAUGGAUGGCCAGCUGGGAAAGCAACUAAGUCAUUUCUUUUCAGAGGCAGAGGACUUUCGAUGCAUCACCGGCAUGUGUGUUGACUCGAACGGGGACCUGAUCGUAACAGACAGUGGGCGUAAGGAGAUAUUGCAGUUUCCUAAAGAAGGUGGCUAUAAUAUUCUCAUUCAGGAGGGCCUAACCUGCCCUGUAGGGGUGGCUGUUACACAAAAGGGUCAACUGCUCGUCUUAGAUUGCUGGGACCACUGUGUGAAGGUCUACACUUACUUGCAAAGGAGACGUUCCUCUACUUGUUAAGACUGCUGUGUGGACAAUGUAUAAGACUAGUCACUUUAAUUCAAUGGCUUCAUUACAAAUGUGUUUGCUUUUCAGUGAUUUCUGACCUGUAGCUUCCAGUGGCUGGGAUGGGGCAGCUAAGCUGCAACCAUCCACCACUGAAGAAGCUGAAUAAUGGCUUAUGGGUAUUAUCAUGGAUGCUUUGGGCAAAUGGAUUUCAAAAUAUAGCACAACUGAUGGCAAUAACCGACAAUGUCGUUCUUUAUGUGUGCAAGACAGUUCUCAUGAUUUCUGGUUUCUCUGUGAUGCUGUACAGGCAUUAAGAUUGAGACUAAGAGUUAAUGAGAAGAUCUUUUUUUGUAGUUGCUGUGUGAAGAUAUGCUAUGAAAGUUAUAUUCUUGAUUUAGUGCGAGUAAGGCUCAAUCAAGAACAUCCGUUGCAUAAUGUUGAUACAGUAGUAUCACAAAUACUCAAAAAUAAAGUUUAUGUUGAGGCAGUUACUAUGUAAAUGGGGCCAGUUUUGGAAAAUUUAAGAUCAGAAAUGUGAAGUUCUCGAUUUUAUAAAACCAAUUACAUUCUUAUGUUCAAAUUUGUUAUUUCAGCUGGAUUUUUAGUCAAUUUAGGCUUUUUUUUCAUGGCAACAAACUAACAUUGGAAAUAACUUUAGGCAGAUAAAGAAGUGAUGUUAUAAAGUAGGGAUUAUUAUAUUAUAUACUUUCGAGUGAUUUGUUACUAAAGUGCACAUCAGAUGUGUUAAACAUGGAAGCUCGAAUGUGUGCGUGAGGUGCUAAAACAGACCUCACGCACAUGAGCACUGAGCAUCUUUUCCUUUUAAUGUCAGUUGGCAGUCCUGCAUACCGCCAUUUGCUGCACGACACAUGCAUGGCAACUGACAUAAAAAUAAAGAUUUGGCUUAGCAUAGCAGACACAGGUCAGUUAAAAAAAAAAUAGAAAUACUCAGUUGGCCUGGAUACUGAUCCUUGAGAUAGAUUCUGAACAUUCCUAUUAGAAAGGUUUUUUUUUUUUUUUUUUUUAAGAACUACAUUCUUGUUAACACAAACAAUUUGUUGCAUCUUAAUUUUUCUUUCCAAACUGUCAGUUUUAUUGUUUGCAGAUUGGCCCCAUCCACCUCCAUUGUUUAAAUGACUCACUAGAACACACGUCUUUGCAUUGUUUAAAUUAAAGAUGACUGUUUUUGGUAGUAAUAAAGAUAAUUCCACAAGUAUUGUGAAUUGAGCUUAACUUGUACUGAAACCAGAAUAUCUCUUUUGACUGGGAAGGAUUGCUGUGAAAAAUGUAAAAUGUGCUGACUUUAAUCAAUUCUGUGAGUGUCAUGUUCAUGUGUAAUUGUUGCAAUGAGUUCCAGUAAUGCCCUUACUAUUAAAGUGCCCCUUCAUACCUGAAAUCGUCAGUAAAGGACCUUCUGAUUUAUGUACAGUAUGAAUCUUCCAUAUAUUGAAAUACAAUUACACUAAAGAAACAUUAAGCUUGUAAAAAUGUUAAGUAAUUGUUACUACAAAAGAUGAGACAAUAAUUUAAUUAUCUCAAAACUGUCUUUUAUUGUUAAUUAAAUACUGUGAAUUGGUUUAUAGUGUACUCCAGUUUGUGAUAGUGUUGCAGGAACCAAAGGCCUGUUAAAUUGAGGAGAUAUUCACUAGCCUGUCAAGUAACUGUAUUCCCCAUCAGAACUAUUACAGAGUAACUGUAAUAGUUUGACUGAAGCAGGGAAAUGACUGCGCAAUGUAUAGACUAUGUUAAAAUCAUAUAUGAAAUUGUUUUGCAUUGAAGUGUCCUUGUAUCAAAGAGCUGGAUCUUAAAAGUCAUGCUUAAAAGCUUUAGAUAGCAUUGAACUGGGUGUCUUAAAUUCUGGUUAUGAUAUGGGCCUGUAGGAUUCAAAUUAGUUCUGGAGCAGAUUAAGUCUAUAAAAAAAAAAAAUAUCACAAAUAGAUCAGAACUGAAACCUAUGAUUACUACAAUUCAAAACACAACACAAGUGUGCAUUGCAUUCUUUGGCUUGCAGAGGGCAAUAUAGUGGAUUCUAGUGUAAACCUCUUUCAUGGCAGUUUUCUUAUUUAGAUACUCAACUGUCACUGUUGCUGUCAUAACGCAUUAUGUUAGAACUUAAGUUAAAUGGCACACAUUUGAAGGUAAGUAAUGUCACAUAAUUUUUUGAACAUUAAGGUUGGCCUUAAGUUAUAAAAAUGCAUUUGUACAUUACCAACACAUGCGGACAGCUUGCAUUGGUCUUACAUCAAAUGCACUCUCCCUGCACAAGAGAUCCAGAGAUAUAACGUUCACUGUCUGUCAUUACAUUAGAAAAGGAAAAUUGAUUUCCACUGAGUUGCUUGGCCAUCUUAGGACUUUUAAAGACCACUUUAAUGUAUGCCUUAACACAGCGGGCACAAUUUAAUUAAAUUCAUCUAGCUUUAAACUUAAAAAAAA